CUCAGGCCUCUCUCUGCUCUCAAUCGAUGUUCGUCCGUCUUCCGCGUUUGAGACGGUUGCUAGGAAACCUUACGAGUUUGUACGUUUUACAGACCGUUUACUAAAUGACUUCCGACUCGUGGUUGAAUAUUAUUCAGAAGGCUAAGAAGACCGCUAUUAUCGAGGAUGGAACGAGAAAAGUCCAUUUUUUGUUGGAAAACGGGAAGGAAAUGGUAGAAGAAUACAACAUGAAUACAAAUGUGGUCGUGCGACGAGCGUGGAAGGAUAGGAGUACUUUUGGCACGAACGUCGGAUGGACGGUGGAAGUUGGCGAUCCUGAACGUAGACGGAAUGAUAUUGAGAUAUUUGGAAUCGAAGAAAGUUCAAACGCUCCGUUUAUUACAAGAAGAAUAACGAAAACGGCCAUGGAAUGGCGAAUCAGUAAUUUGCCAUAUCCGGAAAGCGUGUAUUCCGUCACUGCGGAAUCUGAUGGCACCAUGACUGUACGUACAAGCAAUAAGAAGUAUUUCAAAAAGAUGAAGAUCCCAGAUCUCGAGAGAAUCGGGCUAAAGCCGGAACAGCAAAGGAUAUCAUUUCGGCAUCAGUACAAUGCUUUAAUUAUAACUUAUAAAAAGCCCCCUCAACUUCUUGACGUGGAGAAGAAGAUACUAACCACAGUUUUGCAACUCAAGACAGAGUCUAAGGACGUGCAGUGCCCAGUCAGUUAAUGAAAUUAAAGUUGUAUGAGUACAUGUUUUUGUUUGCUAUUAAAUAGCUUCUUUAUAUGUAUGUAAUAAGUGCAAUUAUAAUUAAAUUGUAUUAUUUAUAUACUUAAAA